UUGCUAAAAGGAUUGUAAUACUUARUCCAAUUCUCUCACCACAGUCAGGAGGAAGGAAGAACGACAACACGGAUAAACAUGAUAUGAUAAUGCAAGGAACGACAAGGUACAACACGUGAUAAGCUGGUUUACGCUCCAAUGAAAAUGUGUACACGACAGACGAGAACGGGUACGUGCAACAGGUGUAGUUCUUUCUCGGGUUUGAAAUGUCUACAUCAAGUACUUUCCAAUCACCAUUUGCUACGUACCUCUCUGAAAAACAACAUGUUCAAAUUAAUACAGGUUAGUAAUGGGUUUUGGUCUGGGGAACAAACAGUACGCGAUGUAGCGUCGUAAAAUAGUAGUAUUUUAAUGGUAUUUUUGAGUUUGUUUUAAGUCACMCAGUCUUAGCUGUAUGGCAGGGUUGGUCCUAGGGGAUUGGGGAGGAGUUAUUCCCUUGCCUCCCCUCCCACCUUCCCUCCUUUCAACACCUCUCAUCAACGCUUUGGACGUUUAGCUCUUCUACCUGCUUGGCUAUGUUUUCCAUGAAGUUGUUUAAUAGACAGAAGUCUGUCAUCGUACGUCCACGACCCAAAUGUCAUGGAACACGAUUGUGUGUCAAAUGGAAAGUUCGUCACGUCAAUAUCACAAGAACUCUUAAAUGUCGAUGGUGCCAUCCAUGARCAUAAUCCAUUACUUUCAAGCAUGACGAAUGUCUUGAAUUUCUCAGUGAAUCCAGCCUGGGAAACUUCAUCGUCGCCACUAGAAUGAAAAAUAGAACUGUGUCCGGUACCCACAUGGACGUUGCCGGAACAUGAAGAGUGUGGAUACCUUUAUGCUCACUUUCAUUCCAAGCCAGGUAUGGAUUUGUCCAUCUCUACACAGGAAUAAGAUUAUGACGUCACUAGUACAUCUGUUGGUCACGUGUCAUGUGAUUCAAGUUGUCAUAGCAACUAAAACACUGUACAUAGGUGGUUUAUUUAACUUGGGUGAURAMGAGUCCUGGAAAGUUAUUCCUGCAGCACAGAUAGCUGUAGAAGAAAUCAAUAAUAGUAGUUUCUUACCAGGAUAUCGCCUGGAAUUGCUGGUCAACGACACACRGAAUGGCAACUUUAAACUAGCUUCUGAUGUGCAAAGUUACUUAGACAAUGGACCUAAAAAGAUCAUGCUUCUUGGUCCUGUGGWCAACGAAGAGGCAAAAUCAGUAGCAAAUUAUGCUGCGUUGCCUCAGUAUAGGCUUCUACAGUUUUCAUAUGGUACUACCGACCUUGGUUUAGCCAAAAAMCGUCAUUUGUAUCCGUAUUUCUUUCGCACGCUCAUCUCCUUGGCAACACUCGAUGAUUUGAGAAUUUCUUUCAUUAAACACUUCUCUCACUGGACAGAAGUUGGGAUUAUUCACGGAGCUGAUUUAUUUAGUGCAGAGCUUUCACACCAACUUAAAAGUGAUCUUGGCACCAAGGGAAUCRAGGUACUGGCUGAAGUUCGACUAGAGGAAAGUGAUCCUAGCAGAGCGAUCAGAACUAUACAGGAGAAGGACAUUCACAUUAUAUUUGGGCUGUUUUCAGUAGGUAAAGCCGCCAGAAAGAUGUUUUGUCAGGCGUACAAAAGUGGUUUAUAUGGCCCWCAUUACGUGUGGAUUCUACAAAUGGCGGGCAAUAACGGUUGGUGGAUUCCUGGAACAGGGGAAGACAUUGGCGGAUGUAAAGACAUUGAAAUGACAUGUCAAAUUCAAAACUACUUCAACGURAAACCAGAGCACGAUUUUGAUACGGAAACAGACUACAGUCUCUCUAAUAAGAACACAAGUCAUCUAGUWAGCGAAUACAAUUCACGUGUUGACAAUGGUAACAACACAUCCAAUCGAUCGACCAAAGCAUGGCUYRUYUAUGAUGCYGUAUGGUCCAUUGCGCACGUGCUAAAGAACUCUCAAWCAAAACUUAGUAAACCACUGGAGAACAUCACCUAUGGGGAURCUCAAGCUAGUAUUGUAUUCUAUAACGAAACACUCAAAUUGRACUUUAAGUCUCCAAAUAUGAAAGAAGURAGAUAYUACAGUAACGGCAACAGGAAGUUUGACAUGAUUAUUGACCAAAUCRUCGUUAAAGAGGAAAACAGUAAUCCCGUCACUCAGACUGCUGCAAGUUAUAAGGUUUCCAGUGGAAAGUUUGAAGUGAAGAGCAUAAAUUGGCGAGCUGGAACACCAUACCGUAAGACAAAAAACAACUACUUUACUCGAUCCAUUCAUCGUGCUUUGUUUGGUGCUCUGAUAUUCCUUGCUUGUCUUGGUUUGCUCUAUGCCUUGAUCUGUUUGAUUGUGGUAUUAGUGUACCGGAAACAACCGGUGAUAUGGAACUCCAGUCCAAUCAUGAACACUAUYAUUAUCGUGGGCUGCAUCUUCAAUUACAUCACAGUGAUYWUGUACGCAUUUGAUUGGACGACGACUACACGCGUCACAAGUCUAUGCAGGGCACGUGCGUGGACCUUUGCUAUCGGGUUUACAUUAUCUGUUGGUGGUCUUGUUGCCAAGCUAUGGAUUGCUUACUGUGUAUUAAGUGAAAGAUUUGUGAGACGAUGGAGAAAUAUGCUGGUUUGUAUGCUCUCCAUUGUUUUGGUGCUGUUUAUCCUCGAUGUAAUUAUUAUGGGAUGCUGGGAAGGGAUAGAUCCCCUGUACGCAAAGAUGGUCGUCUAUAAAGAUCAAGAAAUGUACAAAUGUUUUCAGCCAAUCACAGCCAAGACCUUUCAAGCAGACUGGUUCACUGUGGAACAUUGCAUGUGCGAGUAUCCUGUGCUUUGGUUACUACUCGUCCUCAUACUKAAAUUCSUAGUUGUUUUCUUUGGUGUAUUUCUAGCCUGGCAGACACGAAAACUAUACAUCAAAUCACUCAACGACACACAGCAUUGUGGAUUUUGUCUGUUUGUUGUGGUAUUCUGUGCAGUUUUAGGAGUUUUGUGUGCUUUGCUGACUACUAAACUGCCAAACCUGUUCUUUGGYAUCGUUGGUACUCUACUUUUUCUGUGUACUACAAUAAUAUUGGCGCUUCUGUAUAUACAUAAGAUGUUCCGUAUAGUCUACAAGCUAAAAUCACGCCGUGGUAAAACCAUUCUAGUCAGUAGUAAAGACGACCCUCAAAGCACCAAGAGUUCCAAGAGCACCAGCUGUUCGUUCUGUACUUGCUCAGCAGCGUGCUGCAUUACUAUGUUCUCGUGUUUUCCUUGCUGCAAUCCUUACACUUGCUGCAGAAAAUGUUGCUGUGGGACCCAGGUCCAUCCGAGUAAGGACGAUGAUAAGACUGAGUUCUACAUUAAUGGCCAAGCUCAAGAGAAAGAGGGACAAAUUKCGUAUUUGUUAAGAGAGCUACACGAGCGUGACGCAGAGCUUGCAAGGCUUCGUCCAGGCCUUAGUACGUCGAUGUGGACCCAGACCUAUGAMGACGACCUGGACGAUGAAGACGACGAUGACGGUGUCUACUCGGACCGUGACGACCUUGAUGGAGAUGCCGGGAAUAGUGACGGUGGAUCUAGUACAAAYAGCAGGAGGUCAAGAAGAGGGCGAAAGCGUAACGGUGUCAAGAUAUUCAACAGAGGCGCCGACUAUUCUCACAUCAGGAGCAAAGUUGACACGGGUGUUGCUAAGUCACCUAGAUCACAGAAGAAGCACGACGAAUCAUACUACCUUGGGGUGUGGCAGGCWAAAGGGGGUCGGGCCAAUGAUGCUGAAAUUGCAAAACUACGUGCGCAACUAAAGGAGAAAGAUAAAGAGAUCGAGAGACUCAAGAAGGACAAACUGAAUAAAAACCCAAAUACCAAAAUAACGAUUAUAAACGAAGAAGCUGACAAUCCUAACACCGUCGAGAAACAAUGUCAAACUGAUUUCACAACUCCUGUUAGUAAGAAGAACAGURUUACUGGUGUCAAGUCACCAUCAACGUCAACCAAGUCAACUCCAUCAAAAACCACCUCCAAAAAUACUAAAACAUCGAAAAAUGAUUUCAAAGACAAAGUGAUAAUUGUGAAAACAAAAGAAGAAAAAGAAGUUAAGAAAGAAGAAGAGAAGCCUGUUCAGUCCAAUGCAGAAUGGUUGUUCGGGAAACACGAAGAAGCUGAUGCAACAAACACAAAGGAGAAAGAAGACAAACAAGACGAGGAAAAGACUGACGUGGUUGAUAAGUCUCUCGAUAAACAAGAACAAACUAAGAUCAUCGUUAUUCCAGCACAAAAUGACGGGAGAAACGAAGCGCAACAUGAAGGGGACAAAAACGAAGACGACAGUCGUAUUGACGUAGUUGUUGUACCAACACAGCUUCCCAMAGACGAAGAAAAARAAAAAUUGGAGGACAGAAAAAAGGGAGAAGACAACCAAAAGGAAAAACAAAUGCAAGAGGAAGAAGAAGAAAGAAUGAAACAACUAAAACUCGCAGAAGAGAAGGAAAAACAAGAGAAACAAAAGCAAGAAAGAAGAAAAAGUCGAUUCAGUUUUUUUGGAAGGAAAGACUCGUCUUCUGUGGAAUCUCCAAAGGACAUAGAGAACCAGCCAAUAAACAGUGAUCCCCAAUCCGAACAAGAGAAGCCUGAAAUUGAAAAAGAAAAGCCUGUCAAACCGGAUACACCAAAAGCAGAUAAACCAGACAAACCAGAAUUACCUAAAGUGGAAAAACAAGAUCAACCAGUUCAACCUGAAUCACUCGUGAAAAAAGAACAAGAUGAUCCAGUCAAAAAAGAAAAACAAGAUCAACCAGUUCAACCUGAAUCAAUUGUGAAAAAAGAACAAGACGAUCCAGUCAAACUGGACUCAACGGAAAAUGAUAAAAGCGGGAAAGAACAAGAAAAACCUGAUUUGGAAAAACCUGAUGAACAGAUCAAGGCAGACAAUACUAAACCAUCACAAGCUGAAACAAAAAAGCCAGACGAAUUUGAUGUGGAAGAAAGCCACCCCAUACGACCACCACAAAACACGCCAGCAAGCGUAGGAAGACCGAACGAUGAAGCCACUGAUGACAAGAAGGAUGAAACUACAGAAAAACAGGAACAAAAAGCGGACAAGGUCAAAAAUGACUCAUCAGCCAGUGAAAAUGAACCAUCAGAUGAGAUGGAUGAUAUAGAUGAAGAGGGAGAUGAUGAUGAGGUUGACAAUAGAGAAAGCAGCAAUGAUGAUGAUGAUGACAAAGAUGAAGAAGGAGAAGACAGCAAAGAUAACCAAAAAACGAAACGUAAAAAGAAACGUAUUGGUGGAAAACUGAACUGGAAYGCAGAGUCCAAGGUCGACACAUCAAAUAACUACAAAAGACGCCAGAGUAAAAAAAUCAAAACUUAUAAAGCAGAUUAUUCACAUGUGAARUCCAAGCUGACUGGUUCACCAAGURCUAAAAAUAAUGAAAACAAGGAUGAAAACAAAGAAAAGGAAAAGAGAAAACCAAGAAGAAGGGUUAAAAAGAAACGAUGGAACCCUAAUGAAAAGAAUCAGAGUGAAACUCGGUGAGAUGAAACAUUUCUCAAGUCCUUGUAAAGGAUCAAGAAUUUCCAUCAAGUUGGUGAGCUGACAGGGGGAUGUAUCACAAAUCCUGAACAAACAUCGUGUGAAAUAAAAUCGUCUCAGCUACAAACUUUCCUGCUCCCCAAUGAUUGUGUCUCAGAAACCUWUAUGAAAGCAAAAGUGCCCGAUGAAAACAGUUUUGAUUUUACAGUAAAUAGCAAAUGAUUUAACAUAGCAAUGGCAUAAGUCUGUAUAGCUUGUAGACUUGACACACUAUUGUUUGUGUCCCAUAUCUAAUCAAGAGAAAACUGUGCACAAAGUGUAAGAAAAAGCSUCCCCUGAGGUUAAGAGGGACUUUUAUARUGGUAAAAACUUGUAGUACUGUUUUAAGGGCCACUAGUUUAUCAGUUUUUAUUGCUGUUACGUGUUACCUUCGUUAAAUAAAGUUUAUUGUAUUGUACUGUGUAAUAAAAGCUUGUGAAGCUUGUUAUAUAACCUUUGUAUC